AUGACGCGGAACCUAGAGGUGUGGGUCACCACGGUGGCCGCGUGCCUACUAGCUGAGGGAGUGCUCGCGGGGUAUGGCAUGAGCAUGUUCGCUGCACAAUCCUCCCUUCCAGACCCCUGCUACGACGAGAAUGGAAACCCCCGGAGAUGCAUCCCGGAUUUUGUUAACUCUGCUUUCGGUAAGGACGUGCGCGUCUCCAGCACCUGUGGAACCCCUGCCACCCGGUACUGCGUCGUGAGCGAGAUGGGAGAAGAGAGAACAAGGGACUGUCACACGUGCGACAGUGAGGAUCCCAAAAAGACUCACCCACCGGCGUAUUUAACGGAUCUUAACAACCCACACAAUCUGACCUGUUGGCAAUCUGAGAACUAUGUACAAUACCCGCUGAACGUCACGCUUGCACUGUCUCUCGGGAAGAAGUUUGAGGUGACCUACGUCAGUCUGCAGUUCUGCUCCCCGCGCCCGGAGUCCAUAGCCAUCUUCAAAUCCAUGGACUACGGCAAGUCAUGGGUUCCGUUCCAGUUCUACUCCACCCAGUGUAAGAAGAUGUACGGCCGCCAGAACAAGGCAGCCAUCACCAAGGUGAAUGAGCAGGAGGCUAUUUGCACAGACUCACACACGGACAUGCACCCUCUCACCGGCGGCCUCAUCGCGUUCAGCACCCUGGACGGAAGGCCAUCCGCGCACGACUUUGAUAACUCCCCGGUGCUGCAAGACUGGGUCACGGCCACCGACAUCAAGGUGAUGUUCAGCCGGUUGCAUACUUUCGGAGACGAGAAUGAGGACGACUCAGAGCUGGCGCGCGAUUCCUACUUCUACGCGGUGUCUGACCUGCAGGUUGGCGGACGGUGCAAAUGUAACGGGCACGCCUCGAAGUGCGUGAAAGACCGGGAUGGAAACUUGGUGUGUGAGUGCAAGCACAACACCGCGGGACCGGAGUGCGACAGGUGCAAGCCGUUCCAUUACGACCGGCCGUGGCAGCGCGCGACGGCCAGAGAAGCCAACGAAUGUGUUGCCUGCCACUGUAACCUCCAUGCCCGCCGAUGUCGGUUCAACAUGGAGCUGUUUAAACUGUCCGGACGGCGCAGUGGAGGGGUGUGUCUAAACUGUCGUCACAACACGGCUGGGCGCCACUGCCACUACUGCAGGGAAGGGUUCUACAGAGACCUGACCAAGGCUAUCUCCCACAGGAGGGCCUGCAAAGCAUGUGACUGCCACCCGGUGGGGGCUGCAGGGAAGACGUGUAACCAGACGACCGGCCAGUGUCCCUGCAAGGACGGGGUGACGGGCAUCACCUGCAACCGCUGUGCUAAAGGCUACCAGCAGAGCCGCUCCCCUAUCGCCCCCUGCAUCAAGAUCCCAGUGGUGUCUCCUACAUCUACCUACUCCAGCUCAGAGGAGACUUCAGAUUGUGAGUCUCAUUGCAAGGCAUCCAAGAGCAAACUGAAGAUCAACAUGAAGAAGUAUUGCAAGAAAGAUUAUGCGGUGCAGGUGAGCGUGCUGCAAGGUGACCGGGCGGGGGAGUGGUGGAAGUUCUCUGUCAACGUGCUCUCCGUCUACAAGCACGGCGAGCAGCGUAUCCGGCGCGGGGAGCAGCUGCUGUGGGUGCAUGCCCGGGAUGUGAGCUGCCGCUGCCCCAAGGUGAAGCCAGGCAGGAAGUACCUGAUCUUGGGCUCCGACAAGGACCAGGCGCCCGGCAGGGACCAGCCCCCCAGCCACGCCGGCCUGGUGGCGGAGAAGGGAGGGGUGCUAAUCCCCUGGAAGGAGCUCUGGGGACGAAGACUCAGGAAGUUCCAACAGAGGGAUAAGAGGGGGAAGUGUUAG